AUGUCUUUCAUCAGUGAUGUUAUAGAAAUGCUGCCCACCAAAACCACGAUCAUUCAAUCAGCAAUAUCAAAUGUAGUAAAUACAAUACAGGUGUUUGUUCUGGAGAGUAUAUUCAACGUAAAAAUGGAAUCAGGCUAUAAAGGACACGCUCUUAAACUGAUAACUUUUCAAACAAGAGAUAGAACAAAAACCAUCCUAGAGAUAAUGAAGAUUUUAGGGCUGGCAUUUGCAAUACAGAACGUCCUACUGGCUGCAGGCAGCGUAACAGAAACAUCUGGAGAUUUCAUAACCACCAAUCUCAGUCUGCUGGCUCAAAAGAGCACUCUACUUAUGAUUCUCAAAGAGUAUGUACACUACUUUAAAAUAUUUUGCUCUCUUCUUCCGAUUAUCAUGGUGCUCUACUACACAGUUAUCUACACAAUCGAAAACACGAAUAGAGCGCGCACCAGAAAGAUUGCAGCAACGUUUAUCUCGAUGGGCACAGGUGUUAUGAUCAGCGUGCUGAUGAUAGGCAACUAUCUAAUGCUCCACAGCGAAAUGGUAUGGAAUUUAACGGUGUCCAUCUUUGGAAAGACUCCCAGUCUGGUAAUGUUUAACUUCCUAAUCUUCUAUACAUAUUCGAUUGCAGAGAGCAUCUGUCUCUCUCGAAACAUAACUAUAAAAAGCAAAAGAUUUAGAGACAGCAAAAGAUCGCUGCUGCUAGAGGGUGUAUACCUCUUUAUACUUGCAAUGGCAAUGUCUAUGACUACUGUGUACAUGGGAAUAGCUGUAAGUAUGCUAUUAAAUCUAUUCAGAACACUCACGAAGAAAAUAAGCCAGAAAGGUGUUUGCAAAUCGGGACUUAUUAUAGCGUAA